AUGGCCGCCGACCUCUCCAGCUCGAGGGAGCUGUAUGAAUCUGGACUGACUGUCCACUCAGAUUCUGAGAAUUAUUCGGCCAAUCAUGACAUCUCCGGCUCCCAGUCAUCCUCCUCGAGCUCCCCCUUGAUCCUCUACAAGCCCCCGACCAUCUGGAGUAUCCUGCGGGGAGCUGCCAUUAACCUCGUUCUUCCAUUCGUGAAUGGCUUGAUGCUGGGGUUUGGCGAGUUGUUUGCACAUGAAGCAGCCUAUCGACUCGGCUGGUCCGGGACAAAGGUACGAUGA